GGUUUGAGCAUUCCUUUCGAUAGUGCGACAAUAUGGCUAAUUGAAACACGCAACUUUCUUGCAGUCUGUCGAAGAGGUCUUGAUUGCGCAAGGUUGCAAUUUCGCGGUGCAUUUGGGAAAUCUUUUGCAGUGCAUCCAUUGUGUACCAGUAUCAUGACCAUUAGAACUGGUUUCAUGUUUGCGUAAUUCAUAGCAAUGAUGGUCAUACCCUAGUGAAAGUAUUGAGCAUGUGAUAUUAUUUUCCGGAUUAAAGAAAUAGCAGGAGGAAAGCAAGUCGGGCUUAGGAAAUUAAUGUUUAAUUUAUUUACUGACCAGAUUCGGAUAUGUGCAUACGCGGCUAGAGUGCAUGAAACCAGCUCUUUGGCGGAUAAGAGGGAAGUUUUGCAAAAUAUGUUUCGUACCAAACUAAGUUUGAUUUUCCUUAGUUGAGCGCGAGUUGGGUUUUGGUAGAGUCAAAUCUCCGAUCUGAUGAAUCCUUAAUGACUCAUUUAAUGGGAUUCCGACUAAUAAUAUUGGCGGCAAUGGGCCUAGGAGCCCUUUACAUGUUCCACUUGCUGGCGCAGGACUACAAUAAAAUUCGACGACCCAUCAGUACAAUCCGGUCCUUUUUGCGUUUGAAACGUGAGGUUCAACAAGAUGUGGAAAAUGUGGAAACUGUGAAAAAUUUCGAUAUUGACUGGGACAAGAUUUUAAAAUAUGAUCCGUUAAACUGUUUGCAAUCUCUAGCAUGUCAACUGUUUGCCGGUGCUGAAGCUCACAAUGAGUAUGGUGAAAAUAUAAAAGUUUUGUUACAGUACAGUUCGUUAAAGGACCCAUCUGAACCCAUUGUUUCCGCUGUUAAAAAAGGAUUGGCGUACAAAGGAGAAGUUAAAAAGUGUAUGAAAGAAUAUCCUUAUUGUUUUUAUUCAGCAAAUACCAUGCUAAAAAUCUUGCGUAUGUUUUCCAUGUUUUUUCAAUGAAUAAUUAUUUUAUUUUGUUAACUAUUUUAUACCAAGUGAGUCAAC